AUGGACUUAUUGGAGUUAUGGGCAAUUUUUGGCCCUGGGGUCGCUGGCGCUGUCUUCGGCGCCGGUUGGUGGAUCUGGCUCGAUGCCGUUGUCUGUAGCUCCGUCACCGUUCCCUUCCUUCACUACCUUCCUGGAAUUUUCGCAUCUCUUGCGGCUUUGAUGUUCAAUUGCGUUAGAAAAGAAGACAUUGAUUAUUCUCCCUAUGACGAAGGCGAGUGGAGACUGAAGCUGUGGCUCUUCAUUGCUUAUGUCGUAUCCUUUGUUUCUUUGGCUGGAUCAGCUGGUCUACUGAUCCAAGAUUCACUUGAUAAAUCUGCCCCUUCAGUUUGGACUGGAGUUGCAGGUGUUUUGCAGUGCGUUUUUGUCUUGAUCAGUGGACUGGUAUAUUGGACUUCUCAUCCUGAAUAA